UUUACUCAUAUUCCAGAAACCAACUCUAUCAUCAAAUAGGAGUGACGAUGGUUCAGAGUAAAGGCAGCCAAGAGGACUUAAAUGAUCAGAUUCUGGCACCAGACGUUUUGAAAUGUGUUAGUUCUGCUGCCUCUCCCCCAUAGCUUGUUAAAACCUGAACUGAGUGGUUGGGUUAAUGGUUUGGGGUUAGAAUUUUGGAGCAAUUAUUAGGAGAUGUCUUAGCCUGUUGUAACGACCCCACUCCCCCCCAGCUGCCCAGGAGCAGGGAGAGCUGGUAGAGUGGCAUUCCCCAGCCCUUUCCCUGCCACCGACCAAUCCUGGCUUCCGCACCCCUCCAAAGUUCCCUUGGGGACCUCUCGGCACGUUCCCCCGCUUUACAAAAUUGCAAACAUCUUUGCCCAUAAUUUCAAAAGUCUUGCCUGGACUAGGCUUUCUCUGCUCCUUCAGGGUAGGAACCUUGUUUCCUUUCCGUCCUGGCAUCCUUAGUCCCGUCCCCACCCAGGGGCCUGGCCUCUGGCCAGUGGAUGCUCUGUUAAUAGGAACCGGCACCGGUGUUCUGGGCACUGCCAAGACAGCUCCUGGCACUUGUCACCAAGUAGCCCAAUCCUCACCACUUUCUUCUUCCAUCACCGUCAUCGAUGGUCUCCUCCUGUAGAUCAUGACCCCCAGUUCAGGAAACAGGACCCCCGUCAUGCCUUUCUCCCUCCAGGAGAUGCUCUCCUCCGCUCCCCACCCCACUCCCCUCCGCCAAGACCCCAAAGCUCCUUGUUGUUCUGAGCCUGCUUGCGGCUCCAGACCCCUGGAGUCCGAUCCCCGCCUGGGCUUGGGGACGGACCGCGCAGUGCGAGGUGGCAGCAGGCAGGGCGCGCGGUCAGGGUGCCCAGCUCCCGGGGCUGCCUGCAGGGUGGGGCGGUCCUCACGGCCUAUCCCUCUCCGCUCCUGCCCCAUCCCCAAACAGUACACCCCUCCUCCCGCCGGCCCGCUCCCCACCCUCCGCGGCGCCGCCUCCCCCGCCGCCUGCCGGCGCUGGCCCAGAGCCGCCCAGGCAGCCAGCGAGCGAGCGGAGCGCUCUGGGAUGGGACUCGGAGGAAGCGGCGAAGGAGGAGACAGCGGCAGCACCUCGGGCUUCUUCCUCGGCUCCCACGAGCGAUUCCCGAGGAGAGCCGUGGCUCUCGGAGCGGCGAGGAGGCCAGCGACGAAGACCCGGGAGGCUGCGCCCCUGUCUCGCUUCCCAGGCGCCGGCGGCGGCUGCAGAUGGAAAAGAUGCUGGUGGGCUGCUUUCUCCUGAUCCUCGGACAGAUCCUCCUCCUCCCCGCUGAGGCCAGGGAGUGGCCUCCUUCCAGGUCCAUCUCCAGAGGGAGACAUGCUCGGACCCACCCUCAGACGGCCCUCCUGGAGAGCUCCUGUGAGGACAAGCGGGCAGACGUGGUCUUCAUCAUUGACAGUUCCCGCAGCGUCAACACCCACGACUAUGCGAAGGUCAAGGAGUUCAUCGUGGACAUCUUGCAGUUCUUGGACAUUGGCCCUGACGUCACCCGUGUGGGCCUGCUCCAAUAUGGCAGCACCGUCAAGAACGAGUUCUCCCUCAAGACCUUCAAGAGGAAGUCCGAGGUGGAGCACGCCAUCAAGAGGAUGCGGCAUCUGUCCACGGGCACCAUGACGGGGCUGGCCAUCCAGUAUGCCCUGAACAUCGCAUUCUCAGAGGCAGAGGGUGCCCGGCCACUGAGGGAGAACGUGCCGCGGGUCAUAAUGAUUGUGACCGAUGGGAGGCCCCAGGACUCGGUUGCUGAGGUAGCUGCAAAGGCCCGGGACACAGGCAUCCUGAUCUUUGCCAUCGGCGUGGGCCAAGUGGACUUCAACACACUGAAGGCCAUCGGAAGCGAGCCCCACGAGGACCACGUCUUCCUGGUGGCCAACUUCAGCCAGAUUGAGUCGCUGACCUCGGUGUUCCAGAACAAGUUGUGCACGGUCCACAUGUGCAGCAUCCUGGAGCAUAACUGCGCCCACUUCUGCAUCAAUACUCCCGGCUCGUAUGUCUGCAGGUGCAAACAAGGCUACAUCCUCAACUCGGAUCAGACGACUUGCAGAAUCCAGGACCUGUGUGCAGCGGAGGACCACGGCUGCGAGCAGCUCUGCGUGAACCUGCUGGGCUCCUUUGUCUGCCAGUGCUACAGUGGCUACACCCUGGCCGAGGACGGGAAACGGUGUGUGGCUGUGGACUACUGUGCCUCAGAAAACCACGGAUGUGAGCAUGACUGUGUAAAUACCGACGGCUCCUACUUUUGCCGGUGCCCUAAAGGAUUUGCUCUUAACCCAGAUAAGAAAACAUGCACAAAGAUAGACUACUGUGCCUCACCUAACCAUGGAUGCCAGCACGAGUGUGUUAACACAGAUGAUUCCUAUUCCUGCCGUUGCUUAAAAGGCUUUACCCUGAAUCCAGAUCAGAAAACCUGCAGAAGGAUCAACUACUGUGCGCUGAAGAGGCCGGGCUGCGAGCAUGAAUGCAUCAACACGGAGGAGGGCUACUACUGCCGCUGCCACCGGGGCUACACCCUGGACCCCAACGGCAAGACCUGCAGCCGGGUGGAUCACUGCGCCGAGCAGGACCACGGCUGCGAGCAGCUGUGCCUCAACACCGGGGACUCCUUCGUGUGCCAGUGCUUGGAAGGCUUCCUCAUCAACGAGGACCUCAAGACCUGCUCCCGAGCGGAUUAUUGUUUGCUGAGUGACCACGGUUGCGAGUACUCCUGCGUCAACACCGACCGGUCCUUCGUCUGCCAGUGUCCCGAGGAACACGUGCUCCGCAGUGAUGGCAAGACCUGUGCCAGUGAGUGUUCUGAGGUCGGACGAGCGGGACUUGGCACAAGCGAUCAAUUGGACUCUUGUGCUUUGGGGAACCAUGGUUGUGAACAUUCGUGUGUAAGCAGUGGAGGCUCUUUUGUGUGCCAGUGCUUUGAAGGGUAUAUACUCCGUGAAGAUGGGAAAACCUGCAGAAGGAAAGAUGUCUGCCAAGCAGUAGACCACGGCUGUGAACACAUUUGCGUGAACAGUGAUGAGUCGUACAUCUGCAAGUGCUUGGAGGGAUUCCGACUCGCUGAGGACGGGAAACACUGCAGAAGGAAGGAUGUCUGCAAAUCAACCUACCAUGGCUGUGAACACAUUUGCGUUAAUCUUGGCAGUUCUUACAUCUGCAAAUGCUCAGAGGGAUUCAUUCUAGCUGAGGAUGGAAGACGGUGCAAAAGAUGCACUGAAGGCCCAGUUGACCUGGUCUUUGUGAUCGAUGGAUCCAAGAGCCUUGGAGAAGAGAAUUUUGAGAUUGUGAAGCAGUUUGUCACUGGAAUUAUAGAUUCCUUGGCAAUUUCCCCAAAAGCCGCUCGAGUGGGGCUGCUCCAGUAUUCCACGCAGGUCCGCACAGAGUUUACCCUGAGAAACUUCAGCUCGGCCAAAGACAUGAAAAAAGCUGUGGCCCACAUGAAAUACAUGGGCAAGGGCUCUAUGACCGGACUGGCUCUGAAACACAUGUUUGAGAGAAGUUUUACCCAAGUAGAAGGGGCCAGGCCUCUCUCCGCACAGGUGCCCAGAGUGGCCAUCGUGUUAACAGAUGGACGGGCUCAGGAUGAUGUCUCCGAGUGGGCCAGUAAAGCCCAGGCCAAUGGUGUAACCAUGUAUGCUGUUGGGGUAGGGAAAGCCAUUGAGGAAGAACUACAAGAGAUUGCCUCUGAGCCCACAGAAGAGCAUCUCUUCUAUGCCGAAGACUUCAGCACGAUGGGCGAGAUAAGUGAUAAACUACGGAAAGGCAUUUGUGAAGCUCUGGAAGACUCUGAUGGAAGACGGGAUUCCCCAGCAGGGGAACUGCCAAAGAGGGCCCACCAGCCAACAGAAUCUGAGCCAGUCACCAUAAAUAUCCAAGACAUACUUUCCUGUUCUAAUUUUGCAGUGCAACACAGAUAUCUGUUUGAAGAAAACAAUCUUGCACGGUCUACACAAAAACUUUUCCAUUCGACAAAAUCCUCAGGAAGUCCUUUGGAAGAAAAACACAAUCAAUGCAAAUGUGAAAACCUUAUAAUGUUCCAGAACCUUGCAAAUGAAGAAGUAAGAAAAUUAACGCAGCGCUUAGAAGAAAUGACACAGAGAAUGGAAGCCCUGGAAAAUCGCCUGAGAUACAGAUGAAGAUUCAAAAUGCUACAUGUAUUUGUACGUCAUUGUAUCAAGGAUUAUAGUGAAACAGUUCAGAGCCCCCAAAGCUCAAGCUAUCAUUAAUUCUGUAAGGUUGUAAACUAAAACAUAAGUAGUACUGAGAAAGCUGGUUUGCUAUAGAACAAAGGAAUAUAAAUUCAUUGAGAAAAAAAAUAAAUUGUAUAAAUUUAUUUUGUAUAAAUUCAUUGAGAAAAAAAAUCUUUCAGAAUCCUAAAAUGAGAUUAUCAAGUAAGAACAAAUAAGCUAUGCAAGAUAUUCUGUAAUAUACUGUGGACACAUUUGCUUUUGCCUUGUUCUGCCUUAGUGUUGCAAUCUUAUUUGACUACAAAAUAAAGUUUGCAGUCUUACUUCCGUAGAACACUGGCCAUGGGAAAGCUAUUUUUUUUUUUUGUAUUGGACUUUACCUUGAUAUAUGUAUAUGGAUGUAUGCAUAAAGUCAUAGAACAUAUGUAUUGUGUAACAAGUUCGAUUUUUUAAUACAAUAUUAAAAUUCACUUCAGAGAAUGGUAUUCUGUGUAAAAUUCUAAGUUUAACUUUAAAUGCAAGGUAUGUAUACAUGAGAAAUGGCUAAAAUACAUAUGAAAAAAAUGUUGAAUCUCACUGAUAAUCAGGAAAAUGCAGGUUAAAACAAUCAGUUUGGCAAAAGUUAGCAUGUCUGACUAUAGCAUUAGUAAAGAUGUGAAAAUACGGGGCUCUUGUACACUGCUAGUGAGAAGACAAAUGGGCAGCCUAUGGAGUAUAAUCAACACCUAGUAAAACUGAAAAUGCAGCCCUACCCUGUACUCUAGCUACUGCAGUUACAGGUAUCUAACUUGAUGAUUUUAGCCUCCUCGGUGGUGUACACAGCCUGUUGCCUAUACGGGUUGCCCUAAGGGACCUUGGAGACAGCCCUUUCCAGUGUACAUUAAUGACUGGCAUGCUGUCCCCAAUCUAGGCUCCAGACAGGUAUGCGCGGUACCUUUGGAAAAGCGCCAGGGCACAGUGGCCAGGGUCCACAUUGGCCAAAUCAUAAU